AUGGCUCACUCGAUGGACAACAAUGGACGCGACUCGAGCUCGACUCGAAGCGGCGCCGCUGGCGGGGGGUCCACGGAGUUUCUACAGUCAUCAGCCAUGGCGAGGCCCCCUGCCCAGACGACUCUCACCGCCUCAUCGUCGUCCAACUACGCCUCUAGCGUGUCUAGUGACAGCCAGAUUCAGACAGGGGGCCUCCCCGGGACACCUGUUACCCGACGCUCAGGCGGAUGGGACCGGCAAACACUCUCCCCGGCAGCGGCAGCAAGGGAGGACCAUGUCGUUAAGACGAACAGUAUAGAGGACUCUUCUGAUUCUUCGGAUGAGUUUGUUGCCAGUUACAAGCCUAUGGAACGGCCGAAGCGAGUGCUUGAUGUCGGUACUGGACCUGGAACAUGGGCAUUGGAAUUUGCCACGAAAUACCCCUCCUGUUCAGUUUUAGGCGUCGACAUUGAACCAGUCCACCCACCAUAUACAAAAUCCAACUGCAGCUUUAAAACAUUCGACAUCACACAUGACUGGGAUAUUUUCAACGGCGGCGACUUCGAUUUCAUUCACGUUCGACAACUAGGCGAUAUCGGAGAUAAAAAGAAGUUAAUCCAGUCAGCAUUUGACAACCUCAGGCCCGGAGGAUGGGUCGAGUUCACAGAAUGGAUCGCAAUUCUACAAUCACCAAAUCACUCAUUAAACGGCACACAAUUCCGAAGGUGGAAUGAUUUAAUGGAGCAAGGGAUGCGGAAUUUCGGUACAACGCUGAAAUAUCCGGAAAAGUUCAAACCUUACCUACAAGAAGCUGGCUUUGAGCGCGUCAUCGAGACGAGACACGGUGCGCCGACGAAUGCAUGCUAUCCCGGGAAGAAGCUACAGCGCAUUGGGCAUCUAAUGACGCAGAAUUGGCUGGUCGCCGGAGCAGGUGAAGAAGUUUCUGGUGGAUGUGAAGAAGGAGAUUGGGAACACAAAAUACCAUUCAUUUAUGACAUUAAUAACCUUUUGUGCCCAAAAGCCGGCACCUGGAUCAUCAACGCCAUCGAAUUCCGCGCCGGCUUCGGUCUCGGCGUCAGUGUCGACGUCUGUGUCGGAAUCUUCUAUGCCACGAUGAGGAAGGAUAUCGUGUUGGGUUACGGAAUAUCAAGUCUCUAG